AUGGCAUCAAUUCUGAGGUCAGUGGCAACGACUACAGCCGUCGUAGCCGCCGCGUCUGCGAUUCCCAUCGCAAUCGCCUUCUCCUCCUCUUCUUCUUCUUCUUCUUCGUCCUCUGCCAAUCCUAAAUCUCAGUGUCUCAAUUUCUCCUUUCUCAACCGAUCGUCUCCACGUCCCUUGGGGCUUUCCCGAAGCUUCGCUAGCUCUCCCAUGACGACCGUUCCCGCUUCUGAUCGUAAACCCCUUCAGGAGGAUCGAGUCCUGCCUCAGCUCCUUAGUGAGUUUAUGGUGGAUAUGAAAUGCGAGGGAUGCGUUAACGCCGUGAAGAACAAGUUAGAAACCAUUGAAGGAAUUGAAAACGUGGAGGUUGAUUUGCCCAAUCAAGUUGUGAGGAUACUUGGAUCUUCCCCUGUAAUGGCUAUGACUCAGCCGGGAGAAAUGAAGAUGUCAUGGUCAUUGAUGCCAUUGCAAAUGGUAAGUUGA